ACCCGAGAAGUUCGGAUAAGCGGUAGAAAAUGAAUGAAUGUAUUUCAGUGUGUGAGAUUAGGUUAUUGUUAAUCUGGUCAAUCUCAUGCUAUAAUUAUGUAUCCCACACUUUAAGUGGUUUAUGAGGCAUUCUAUUCUGUAGCCUGAUUACCCCCCGGUAAUCUCACACACUCGAAUAAAACAAACAAAACCCAAUACAGUAUUAAAUUCAAAGAAUUUCAUUCACUCUUUCAAAUUUUUUCUGACAUCAGCUUACACAAGAUCACGAUACCUCCUGGUUACAUAAACAAACUGCCAAGGUUCAAAGGUCGUGCAGAUGCAGCGACCUUCGGGUCUUUGCCCCGCUCGAGCUCUCUAGUGCUUUAAACCCGUCACGUCUUUUAGCUCUGUUAUAAGAAAGAAAAAGGGAUCGACCUCGUUCAAGCGAGCGAGACGUGUUUCAUCCGAUUCCCACUUCAUUUCCCUCAGCUACAAGUAUCCUGUUUGAUCCAUAAACAAGAAGGAGACAAGUUCAUUAUGAGGUUGGUCCUUGUAAGCGUGUAGUUUCAACACCUCCCCAUAAACAGCUGAACAGGAUAAUACAGCUCUCAAUUUCUACCGUUUUCAAGGCUUUAAAAAAUAAGUCAUGUGGGAAUUUGUCUUCUGCUUGACACCUUCCAUGCUUCUGUUCUCAGUCGCUAUGCUAUUUCGAUCAAAGCGGAUUUGCCGUCUUGUGGAGAAAGGAACGAGGAAGCUAACUUGUGGAAUACGGAUUAUUAUUUGCUCGCUGUUAAAGCUUCUGCACCCUUGUGUUUUCUACACCUCCUGGGACCAGGAUGCAAAAAUCAAGCUGGUCUACAAACCGACAGCUCUGGCAAACUACGUCAUAGAGAACUGUAAAGCUUUCGCGUGCGCUCCGUCGGCUAGGUGGCCAAAAGCAGACCCUCAUUUACAAUUUUUUUUCAAUUUCAUAUGCCCCGUCGAGGACGAUGCACAGAGACACUGUGGAAUAACCUUCACCAGGGAUCAUUUACAAAUACAAGAUGGCGGAAUUGUAGCCCUGGAUUGGGCGGUCAGGCUGAAAGAGCAGAAUGCUCAGGCUAAGAUGGAACAUUAUCCAGGAGAAAGAGCUCCAGGCUGCCGUACCAGUACUCCACCCGUCGUCAUUCUCAUUCCUAACGCUUUGGGAAAGAUCACACAAAAUUUGUUGAGCUUAUGUCGCUUGGGUCUGCAGCAGGGUUUCUACCCCGUGAUCUUCCAUCGCCGGGGUCAUGGUGGAUGUCCGCUUGCUACUCCGCGCUACCAGGAGUUUGGGGAUCCUUCUGAUCUGGUGCAGGCGGUACUAUUCGUUCAGAGCCGACAUCCAUCUUCGCAUCUGUUUGCCAUCAGUGAAGGUUCCGGGUCUGGUCUGCUGCUGUCUUACCUUGGGGAGCGUGGCUCGUCCUCCUACCUAGUAGCAGCUGCUUGUAUAUCCCCAGUGUUCCACGGACAACGGUUCUUCGAGACGCCUUUCCCCAAACUAUACCACGAGGCAGUAUUGUACUACCGCAAGCUGCAACUCAGCAGGUAUGCAACUGCCCUAAGUUCAGUAAUGGACAUCAAGAAAAUCUUCAGCUGUCGUUCUCUUCAAGACAUGGAGAAGUUGAUGUUCUGCUCAGUCAAAUUGCUAGACACCAGUCAGAAGGACACACUGAACCAGGGCGUGGAGCUUAGAUCUGUACAGACUAACUGGGCAGGUUACUGGGAACGUAACGAACCCUUGCGAGAUGCUGAUGAAGUUGCUCUUCCUGUGCUUUGCUUGUGCAGCACUGAUGACCCUUUUCUACCUCCAGCCUACACCUUACCCAUGUCCAUCUUCCAAAACAGCCCAUAUUUCUUUCUGGCUCUGACAUCCCAAGGAAGCCAUUGUGGCUUCUUGCAGCAGAACGAUGCUUCCUGGAGCCACAAAGCAGUGCUGGAAUAUUUCCAGGUUGUCACCGAGUUCUUUACGGUCGAGGAAACAAAAUGCUACAUGGAAGGGUUUGUUGGGCGAGAUGUCGUCCAAGGGCUCAGGCACAAAUCGGGUGGCUUUGCUCACAGGAGGAGGAAACCAACCAUGCUGCGCAGAGACAGGCCUGUCUCGGGUUCACAAAGACAACUCUCCUCUCAUUCGAGACCGGUCACGUUUGAAGAGCAGGAGACGUUCACGUGGAACAGAUCGUACACUCGAUGACGUGUGAAUUGUAACAACGGUGCAAACGGACAAGGGAGAAAGACAAAACCUGGAAGAGUUUUUAAAGUGCUUAAGAUAUUAACCUUUUAUUUCAUUCUAACUAGUUCACUUGUCUGUCUAAAAAAGGGGGAAUGUAUUAUUGUGGAAAUUAAAAAUAAGUUCUGUUCAGAAAAUUAAUUUUCUUGUCCCUGAACGUACAAAUGUGGGAAAAAAUAGACUCCGGUUCGGAAAAAGACUACGAAGGAACUCGUGCCCAUGAGAGGAAGCGGUAAAACGUUUUAACUUCCUGAAUCAUGCCUCACACACACACACACACACACACACACACAACGAUCCAUCUAUCCGACCAAAUGGCUUUCGAAUCUUCUCCCACACUCGCAAAGAAAUCUAUCGAGACCGACGUAUAUUAAAAUUACUUUAUUACAGAUGAUUUCUUUUUUAAUCCAGUAGCCCUCUGCCAACAAAAGGAGUAAUUACAAACAAAAACGUUACAUUUGUCCCCGUAAAGUUUUCAGAAUUUUUGUUUACAUUUUAAUGGAUUUUUUCUUCUUCUUCUUGUGAAUAGCCAUACAAUUUGUUGUUAUAAUCUUAAUGACAUUCAGCUUUUCACAAUCUAUACAUUUUAAUACAGGUUAUAUAUGGAUUGUUAUGGUAAUGUUGAAGCAGAAAAAAAAAAGAAAAAUAAUUGAUCGUUUUGAAGGAAUACUGGUGAACACACUGUAACUGUACAUACAAACCCCGUCGCUUCGUUUCUGCAGAUUUCCCUUGUUCUCACACUUUUUUUUUUUUUAAAGGGAUCAUUAAAA